AUACCCUUCUCCGUCGUCCUUCAUCUCUACAAAACACCAAUCUGCAAAGGAUAUCUCAUUUUAUCGAGAAGAUUGCGACCUGCAAAGAAAGCCAGUAUUUUGAAAACGGAGUUUCAGAUUAUCGAAAUAGGGCGAAAUAAGGCAAAUCCUUUUAAGUAUUGGCUGCCGGAAGGAAGGAGUAGACUCAGGGCUGCUCCAACUGCGCUAUCGAAGAGACAUGCUGAUGGUUCAUUGCCAAUUGAAGAUUUCAACAUAGUACUUGAAAAUCAGAGUGGGAAGAAAGUACAAAUGGGAUCGGAGACUGAUCAGCGGGCAAUCAUGAUGAGCCUGAUGUUACAUACCAAUGCAAAGCAACUGAUUAAAGCACAAAAUUACAAAGAUGCAAUGGAAGUGCUCAGCAUGGAGGAGGUUUGUUACUGGUGCCUUUUUGCAACUGAUAGUUUCGUUCAUAUGAAAUUUGCAAGUUACUUGGCUUGUCCAUGCUUGUUACAGUAGCUUAUGUCUCCUAAACUCUGUGGUUUGUAUUUUCUUCCUUUUUUUCAUUC